CUUGUCCGCUGUCAGCUUCCUCUGUCAGUAUGUCAAGAAGUCCCAUUCCCUCUACUUGCCAAUAAUGGUCUGAAGAUUAGUCGCAGGUGAACUUCGUCUUUCGAAAUGCUCUCGCGUCGUGCGUCGGAUCAGCAAGCUUUUCCCAGCGUGAAGUUCAGGCAGCACCGUCCCCUAAAAGCAAGAUUAGAGUUUCUCGGCGAAGUUCGCCUUUAUUUUCCGUCCGUUGGUGUCCCAAAGCCGUUUCUUCUGGUGACGCAAGCUUCUCGAACUCUAUAUUCCUUGACAUGACAAUACAAACGCUUUCGUUUUGAGUCUACUCGAACCAAAACUACUAAAACACGAACUCUAUAUUCCUUGACGUUACAUUACAAAGGCUUUCCGCUGGACUCCAUCGGUCGGACCAAUGGCGAUAGCAGCGGAGCGCGAAUCCGGCCGGUUUAAGAACAUGAUCGCAAAAUUUCGCAAGGAGCGGGGAGCGCGUCAGGAGAUGGAACCGGCUCUCUGCCUGAUCAAAUCUCACUCCCUCCAGCCGGGCUUCGAACUCUCGCGCCUUGGCGAAAACAGCGACAUCAUUUCGUUCACCCCACGUCCUUCCAUGGAGUUCGCGAAAGGCACUCCUCGAAAAGUGGCCAAAGGAGCGGCAGUCGAUGGAGUGGCAGUCGAACCAGCCGGGGUCGUGACUCGCCGGCGGCUGGCGGUCGGUGAGAAUCAUCGCCGACAGCAGAGCUGCGGAGUAGACCAAACCGGUAACGCGGAUGGGUACAAGCCGUCCGAUUUGACGGCGACGUCAAGUGACGGUUCAGCAGGCGGAGCAGCAGCGGCGGCGAUCUGGGGUGGUGAAUACCUGGAAGCUUUUCGAUUGGCUCGUUCGAAAGAGAGCACGGAGAGCGAUCAGUGCCCGGCUGAAGAACGCCGCGCGUCUGAAUCUCGCGACACGGUGGCCAUCUCAGGUGCAUCCGGGGAUACUCAGGAGAAUCUUCAGGGUGCGGUUAGUAGUGGUAUUAGCAACGAGGUAGUUUGUGAUCUAUUGCGGAGCCGCGACGAGGAAAACGGCGGUGGGAGGCUGCAAGUAGAGCGGGCAACGGAUGGUGCGACGGGAGGUGCGACGGAAGGUGUCGAAGGUGCGACGGAUGGUGCGACGGAAGGUGCGACGGAUGGUGCGACGGAACGUGCGACGGAUGGUGCGAUGGAACGUGCGACGGAAGGUGCGACGGAAGGUGCGACGGAACUUGCGACGGACGGUGCGACGGAAGGUGCGACGGAACGUGCAGGCAGCGGCGCUAAGUGGUUGGUUGCGUUGGAGCAGUCCGCGCAAGAGGGGAGCCCGGCGUCAGAUGCGGCGACACUUUUGAGUCGUCUCGAGAGCAGACUGAGCCGACUCGGUGCGUGGGAGCAAGCUCAGCGCGAGAAGAACAUGACGCCAGGCGAGGGGGGGGAGGGGGUGGAGGAGAUGGAUGUAAACGGCCGUUGGGACGAAAAAGAAGAGAAAGCGUCGCCGCGGAAGCAGCAGGAGAAGCGGCAGGACCAGGUGCUGCAGCAGCCGGAGGGUAGUGAUGAAAACGCAUCCCAGCAGCAGCAGCAGCAGCAGCAGCAGCAGCAAUUGGACCUCAAAUUUCCAGCCGAUGAACCUCACACCGAUGCCGAACUUCAGGCGGAUCUGAAAGCCGGAAAGGCCCCAGUCGAAGCGUGUAAAUCGCGCAUGCUCGCCAAAGGGCGGGUGAGCCUCCCCCAGCUGAACCUGCGCCUGGCUGCCCUGCUGCUGCAUCGGCCAGACAACACGGGCAGCCCGAAAACAAAAGAGCGGGGUGAGGGAGAGCAGAAUAUGGGGCAGUUUGGAGUAGAGAGAGGGGACGGGCAGCAAGGGGGGAGAGGGGAAUCCGGGGUGGAAGAAUGCGCGGAGGGGGGAAUAGAGAGUUGCCCUUCGCGGAUUGCCCCCGCUCCCUCGUUAUUGUCGCCAUCCGUUUACAGGCCGUUCAAGUCAACCCCCCACACUCCCAAGGGCGGUGAAGGGCUGCGCUCUUGCACUGCCGUCGACAAGGGUGGGCUGGGGAAGUUGAAUUCUGGGAGGCGGGCAGGGAGGAGUCGGCGCACGGAGAGCUGCUUUGCUGGUGGUAGUUCCGGUGGCUCCAGCGGCAAUGCUGGGUGCUUUAAGGGGGUCGGCGGGGGAAAUGGCGGCAGCAGCAGCUGCAGUAGCAACAGUGGCGGCAGCAGCGUGGGUGGGAGCGUGCGGGGGUUUAGGGGGAGGAGGUUGCGUGUGAGCAACGGAAGCAGCAGCAGCAUCAGCACCUGUGGCACUGGUAGCAGGGCGUCCACGCCCGGUGCUUGCCCCAACGCCCCGUUUGACUGCAACGCUUUCAGCAGCUCGUUCCCAGGGGCGGCAGCAAUGGACGGCGGAGCAGCAGAGGGAGCAGGUGCAACAGGUGCAACAGGUGCAGCAGGUGCAACAGGUGCAAUAGGUGCAGCGGCGGCGGCCAGAGCAGCAGCAGCAGCAGCAGUGAGAAUGGUUGAUGGGGAAGUGCAAGCGUCGUCCCCCACUGGGCUAGCCUCUGUCGCAACGCCUGUUCUAAUUUCCUGCUCCUCUUCCUCCGCUUCAUCCGCCUCCUCUUCUUCAUCUUCCCCCGCUUCUUCAUCCUCCUCCUCCUCCACCUCCACCCAUUUUUUGUCGUCUACUUCAACUCCCAUCACUUCAGCUCCCACCACUUCAGCUCCCACCACUUCAACUCCCACUGCUUGUUCUACUCCCAUCACGUCUGCCGCUGCUGCUGCAGCUGCCGUUGCAUCAGCCUCGUACAUUCUGAGGCAUGACUCUCUCACAGCCUCGCAGAUUCUCAGGCAUAAUUCCCUGACUGCCUCCUACAUUCUCGAACACGGAGGUCUAGCUGCCUGCAAUCCCCUCUUCAGGCCGCCACCGUGCUCCCAGGACGCCCCCCUGCUAUCGCUUGCUGACGCUAUCGCUGCUGCUGCAGCUGCUGCUGAUGCUGCCACUGCUGCAGACGAUGUAGCAGCUGCAGCAGGCGCUGCUGGCUCUGCCACUCCUGCUGACAGCUCCGCAGCUGCAGUUCCCCCUGCACCAGCAAGCACCUCCCCCGCAUCUGCUGCUGCUAUCGCCACCUCCACUUGCACCCCGGCUGCUGUCAGUGCCGGCUCGGCUCAAGAAACCUGGCCUAGUUUCCCAGAGGGAUUUGACGGGACAGACGGAGAGGGGGGUGGAGGGGGGGGGGGAGGAGGGGGCGAGGCAGCACCAGCAUCCCUUUUGCCUGAAAGCAGGCGAGGUCUGGCGGCGCCUCUGACUGCAGCUGAGUCCAAGUCAGAUUCUCAGAAGCCUGGGAGUGGGGCGGAGGCUGGGAGUGGGGUUGAGGGUGGGGUAAGUGAGAGUGAGGUGGGAGAGGCUUUGAGGUCAAAGGAAACCCAAGACAGCAGUGGCCACGGCAGCAGUGCCCAAGACAGCAGUGGCCACGGCAGCAGUGCCCAAGACAGCAGUGGUCACGGCAUCAGUGCCCAAGACAACAGUGCCCACGGCUGCAGUUCCGCCAGCCGAUUCAAGGUCCGCAACAGGAGGCCCGGGAGCUUCAGCAAGGCGCACCGCCGAGCCUCCAGCUCCGGUUCGGCACUUGGCUCAGCGGAACCCGAAGAGGCAGGAGACGAAGUGGCUCUGUCUGCUGCUGACCCGGCUUGGCGAAAGGAACUUAUUACAGCUCACCACAUGGCUGGUCCGGCUGGGUCCAGCAACAACGUCACCACCACCACAACCAGCACCACCACCACCAGCACCAGCACCACCACCACCACCACCACCACCACCACGACCAAUAACCGGGCAGGGUCGCUUGCCAAACCCCCAGGCUUCCGAAGAAAGGGCGGCAGGGGUAGCGGCAGCAUUGGCAAUCCCAGCAGUGAAGCAGACACAGGGACAGGGACAGGCACAGGCACAGGCACAGGCACAGGCACAGGCACAGGCACAGGCACAGGCACAGGCACAGGCACAGGCACAGGCACAGGGAGAGGGGCCCCCAAAGAUGGCUCCCGGGCGCUGCGGUCGGCAUACAGUGCUCGGCGGCGGGCCUUAGAGCGCGUGUCGAUCCUGCAGCGCGUGGGCACCAUGACGAACCUAGAGGCCGACACGAUGAACCUGGAGGCGGAGACCAUGGCGUACAUCUGGACGCACACGCCCUCCCUGCACCGCUCCCUGCACCGCUCCAACUCGUGCGGGUCGCUGGGGUCGGGCCGCCAUGAGAACCUUGGGGAGGGUGCUAAGGGGAGUGCGGGUGGGCAUGAGGAUGCGGAGGCCGCUGCAGCAGCGGUUGCUGCAGCGGCGGCUGGUAAGGGGAGGGGCUGGAAGGGUGGGAUGUGGGGCGGGUUUUUUUCUGGGCAGCUGGGUGGUUUUUAUGGGGGGGAUCAUGGGGGGGAUUUGGAUGAAGACGAGGAUGACGACUUUCUUCCGCCUGCGUUCUCCGCCCCGCUUGUGUACAAGGAAAGGGCGCCACACUGGGAGACGCCUCAUAGCCCCCUUGUGUACCAGGAAAGGGCCCCAUACCUCCCAGACCCCUCAGACAGCGUCCCCAUUCAACCCUCCUCUCUGCUUUGCCCGAAUCAACGGCCGCCAAUGGCCAGUGGUGAUCCUGUGAGAACAGCAACUGCAACAGCAGCAGCAGCAGCAGCUGCAGGAGCAGAUGUAGAUCCAGAUGCUAGUGAAAUUGUGCGAGGAGCAGGAACGGAAGCAGAAGGGACAGGAGGGACAGGAGGAACAGGUGAAAGGCUAGAAGGCUCAACCACGAAGUCGGACCCUUCAGCCCCACCAGUGAAACCCAGCCAGCGUAGGGUCCCAAGCAAAGGGGGCAUACCCACUUGCCAGCGCAGCUCGGCCAAUCACAGCACGACACGCGGGAACGGGGGAAAAACCAUUAACAGCACCAGCACCAGCAACCACAACAGCAGCAGCAGCGGCAGUGGCAGCAGCAGUUCCUGCAGCAUGCAGCCCUGGUUUCGUCCCUACGGCAUGCCACAGCAGCCAGGGAGCCGCACUGCCAAGCCCAUUUGCAACCAGCCAUCUGCAGCGGACGCCAAGAGGCGCCUCGUGUCCACCUCUGACCCGCGCGGGCUGCCCUUCAGAGAGCCUGUCGCAGCCUCGGUUACGAUCCUCCCGUCCUUUGCUGAAUACCGCGCGAAACUGGCCCUGGAGAAACGGCUGGUGGGUGGUGGCGGUGGUGGUGGUGGUGGUGGUGGUAGUGAGGGUUUGAGUGGAGAAGGGGGUGGUAGGAAGGGUGAUUGUAAUGAGGGGGUGGGUGGUGAGGUGGAGGCUGUGGAAGGGGUGGUUGGGAGGAGGAGGAGAGGACGUGGGGUGAGGAAGGAGGGGAGGGGUGAGAGUGAGAAGGGGAGGGAGAGGAAGGGGGAUACGGGGGUUCAGGGGAAGGUGGAAGUGAGAAAGGAGCGUAGCGUGGGAGGUGACCAGGGAGAGAUGGAGACAAGCGGUUUGGAGUUUGGGAAUUUGUUGGGUAUCGUGGAGGAGGAAGGGGCUCCCAGGGCGAAUCAAGGCCAGGUUGAAGCGUACCGGUGUACGAAGAGUAUUGUGCAAUUGGAGGGGAGAGAGGGGGAGUUGAGUGUGCCUAGCUGGGUAGGCGAGAAGAAUGGCAAGGACGUGGACAGUGAUGGAGACACGGUUUCUUGUUUGGAGGAGGUGGGACAGGAGGUGGGACCGAGUUUAGUCCUGGUGCAAGCUGCCAGAAGAAAAGCAUGUGGCGAUGAGUCCACGCCUAAAUCCACACAUGGGGAGACUCUUCCUGUUCUUUGAAGCGUGUGGUGUGGUGUGGAGCCCAUUAUGCUAUGCUUUUCGUUCUAUUUUUAUUGCCCUCUUGUAGAUUCGUUGAAUUAUCUGGUGUUCAAAUAUGCAAUAGUGGGUGUUCGCGUU